CCGGCCAUCCGCACGCGCUUCGACUCGCGCGACGAGAGCCACCGCCUGCACCUGGUGCCGCCGUCCUCGGCCGACCGCUCGCCGCUCAAGUCGUGGCGCAACCUCCCGAGCCCGCUGGGCGAGCACCACCUGCUGGAGAGCCAGCGCGAGUACGUGGAGAUCGAGGAGCAGGCGCGCAGGCAGGGGCGCUCCAAGGCGCGCACCAUCAACCACAUCACGCUCGGCUUCAUCGCCUACUUCGCCGUGGCCGCCGGGCCGUUCGGCGUCGAGGAUGCGGUGAGAGCCGCGGGCGCGUACCCCGUUCUGCUGGCGGUCGUGCUGCUGCCGUUCACGUGGGGGCUGCCACAGGCUCUGAUGACGGCAGAGCUCAGCUCGAUGAUAGACGAGAACGGGGGCUACAUUCUGUGGGUGCGCCGCGGACUGGGCCAGUACGCGGGCUGGGUGAAUGCCUUCAACAGCAUCGCCAGCAACGUCUGCGACCUGCCCACGUACCCCGUGCUGUUCUGCAGCUACGUCGAGGCGUUCUUGGCGUCGGGUUAUGGCUACACGCUGUCGGGCACGGAGCAGUGGCUGGUCAAGUGCUCGGCGCUGCUGCUGGUGUUCACGUCGAACGCCGUGGGCAUGCGCGCGGUGGCGAUGGCGUCAGUGCUGAUGUCGCUCUUCGUACUCGCGCCGUUUGUGUUGGAGCCUUUGUCCAUUGAGACCUUCAACCUCGCAACGUGGGGCAGCGUGGCGCCGCAGAUCGACUGGUCGCUGUUCCUGUCGACGAUUCUGUGGAACUAUCAAGGCUGGGACUCACUUGGCUGCGUCGCUGGCGAAGUCAAGGACGGUGGCAGAACCUACCCGAUUGCCAUCGUGAUCGCGAUGGGUCUUAUUACUAUUAACUACGCCUUCCCAGUUGGUGCUGGCAUCAUGGUGCAAUCGGACUUUUCGCAGUGGCACGAAGGCUCUCUGGAGACCAUCGCCAUGGCAAUCGCUCCGUGGCUGGGCGUGUGGGUUGGUAUGGCUGCAGUCGUUGCGACCCUGGGCGAGUUCAACGUCGUGAUGGCGUGCAGCUCUCGAGCGUUGUGGGCGACGGCGGACUACAAGAUGCUUCCCUCCUUCCUCUCUAUCGAGUGGAAGCGCUUUGGAACGCCCAUUGCGGCGGUGAUCUUCCAGACCAUGACCACCGGCGUGCUCAUGAACUUCUCGUUCGAGUUCUUGGUGGUGCUUGACACCUUCUUCAACAAUCUCACGCUGCUGCUCGAGUUCUUUGCGUUCCUGCGUCUCAAGUACAUCGAGAAGGACACCGAGCGUCCGUUCGUGGUGCCGUUCGGCAACACCGGCGCGUGGGCGAUCACGCUACCCAAGAUCUUGGUGCUGUCCGGUGUGCUGCUCGCGCAGAAACGCCACGUGUGGGUGACCUGCGGCCUGUUCAACCUCUUCGUGUCCAGCGCGUAUUUGGUGUGGCGCCGCUUCCAGCCGGCUCCUAUGGCGACGUACGGGUCCUCCACGACUUCAUACGGAACUGGCGAAUUGUCU